GUGACGUGGCCCAAGUGACGGCUGCACGAGUCAUUAAAAAAAAAGAAUGUGUGUUUAAUUAAGUGAAAUUGUUAACUGCUUGUGAAAAAUGUUGUAAAAAUAAUGUUCUAAAAAGUGUUUAAAAUAUAAUAAUUAUUAGUUAUUUGUCAUAUAAGCGGUAGGAAAUUGUAAACAAAAGCAUCAUGACCACUUAUGAGGAAUUUAUUCAACAAAAUGAAGAUCGUGAUGGUGUUCGAUUUACAUGGAAUGUUUGGCCAUUGUCACGUGUUGAUGCAACACGACUUGUUGUACCAUUGGGAACACUUUUUCAACCAAUAAAAGAACGUAGCGAUCUUCCAGCAAUUCAAUAUGAUCCGGUACCAUGUAAUAGACCAAAUUGCCGAGCAAUUCUUAAUCCCCUCUGUCAAGUUGAUUAUCGUGCAAAACUUUGGGUUUGCAAUUUUUGCUUUCAAAGAAAUCCUUUUCCACCUCAAUAUGCUGCGAUUUCUGAACAACAUCAACCUGCCGAAUUAAUUCCAAUGUACUCGACAAUUGAAUAUACGAUUAUGAGAGCACAAUGUUUGCCACCGAUUUUUUUACUUGUUGUUGAUACUUGUAUGGAUGAUGAAGAAUUGGGAGCUUUAAAAGAUUCUCUUCAAAUGUCUCUAUCAUUGCUUCCACCAAAUGCACUUAUUGGUUUGAUUACAUUUGGUAAAAUGGUCCAAGUUCAUGAAUUAGGUUGUGAGGGCUGUAGUAAAAGUUAUGUAUUCCGAGGUACUAAGGAUCUUCAACCUAAGCAAAUACAAGAUAUGUUAGGAAUUGGAAGACCAGUACCGGGUCAAAAUCCAAAUCAACAAAGGGGACCAAACGCACAGCCUUUGCCACCUGCAAAUCGAUUUUUGCAACCAAUUCACAAAUGUGACAUGAGCUUAACGGAUCUUUUAGGCGAAUUGCAAAAAGAUCCUUGGCCCGUAGCGUCAGGAAAACGGUAUCUUCGUUCAACUGGCGUUGCACUCGCGGUUGCAACCGGAUUACUCGAGGCUAGCUACGCAAAUACUGGCGCAAGAAUCAUGCUUUUCGUUGGAGGACCAUGUUCCCAAGGUCCUGGUCAAGUUGUCACUGACGAUCUUCGUCAACCAAUAAGAUCACAUCACGAUAUUCACAAGGACAAUGCAAAACAUUUGAAGAAAGCAACUAAACAUUAUGACGGUUUAGCUGCCCGUGCAGCUGCAAAUGGUCAUGUUAUUGAUAUUUAUUCAUGUGCACUUGAUCAAACGGGUCUUUUGGAAAUGCGUCAAUGUUGUAAUUCAACGGGUGGUCAUAUGGUAAUGGGCGAUUCAUUUAAUUCAACAUUAUUUAAACAAACGUGGCAACGUGUUUUUGCUAAAGAUUCAAAGGGUGAUUUAAAAAUGGCAUUUAAUGCAACACUCGAAAUAAAAACAUCACGUGAAAUAAAAGUAUGCGGUGCAAUUGGACCAUGCGUAUCGCUUGGCGUUAAAGGAGCAAGUGUUGCCGAUCAAGAAGUUGGAUUAGGUGGUACAUGUCAAUGGAAAUUUUGUUCAUUAACACCAUCAACAACGACGGCAUUAUUUUUUGAUGUUGUCAAUCAACAAGCGGCACCAAUUCCACAGGGUGGAAGGGGAUGUAUUCAAUUUAUCACACAAUAUCAACAUUGUAGUGGACAGAGGAGAAUUCGUGUCACGACAAUUGCAAGAAAUUGGGUGGAUGCAUCGACGUCGUUACAUCAUGUUAGCGCAGGAUUCGAUCAAGAGGCAGCUGCAGUUUUAAUGUCGAGAUUAGCAGUAUUUAGAAGUGAAUCUGAUGAUGGAGCUGAUGUUCUUCGUUGGGUUGAUAGAAUGCUUAUUAGACUCUGUCAAAAGUUUGGAGAAUAUUCAAAAGAUGAUCCAAAUAGUUUUAGACUCGCUGAAAAUUUCUCUUUAUAUCCACAAUUUAUGUAUCAUCUUCGUCGUUCGCAAUUUCUUCAAGUAUUUAAUAAUUCUCCGGAUGAAACAAGUUUUUAUAGGCAUAUGUUGAUGAGAGAAGACUUAACAAAUUCUUUGAUAAUGGUUCAGCCGAUUUUGUACAGUUAUGGUUUUGGUGGUCCACCUGAACCAGUUUUACUUGACACUUCAUCAAUUCAACCUGAUAGAAUUCUUUUAAUGGACACAUUUUUCCAAAUUCUAAUAUUCCACGGAGAAACAAUAGCCCAGUGGCGACAAUCAAAGUAUCAAGAUCUUCCAGAGUAUGAGAAUUUUCGACAAUUACUUGCUGCACCAAAAGAUGAUGCCGAUGAAAUUUUAGCAGUAAGAUUUCCAGCUCCCAGGUAUAUUGACACUGAACAAGGAGGUUCACAAGCACGAUUUCUUUUGAGUAAAGUGAAUCCAAGUCAAACGCAUAAUAAUAUGUAUGCUUAUGGAGCGGGGAUGCCGAUUCCUAGCGGGGAAAGUGGAGCUCCUGUUUUAACAGACGAUGUAAGUCUUCAAGUGUUUAUGGAGCAUCUAAAAAAAUUAGCCGUUUCGUCCACUGUUUAAAUUUAAAUUCUUAUGAUUAUUGCAGAACUAUAAGCAAAGAAAGAGAAAAUGAAAUUUAUAUUGUAAUUAUAAAUCUUAAUUUAAAUUUAAUAGAAUCAAGUUUACGUAUAUAUUAAUAAGGAAAUUAAGGUUGUCAUGAAUUUAUUCCAAUGUGUAAUGUACCACAAUGCAUUUUUUAAAAAAUUCGUAUUGUAAAAAAAAAUUAUAAAAAUAAAUAAUUAUUGAUAAAAAAAAA